AUGCCAGUCCUCCAAUCUAGCCCCCUUUGUAUCACAGGAAGGGCCAAUCAGAACCCUUCCCCGGGAGCCAAUGGGAGAGCAGAUUACAAACAGCCAAUCCAGGCGGCGCUGUCACUGUUAUGGUCCUGUCAGGGCCGGGCGUCGUGGUGCUUGGGCGCUUGCCACCGGCAGGAGUCCUGUGCGACCUCGUCAGGAGCUGCCGGCUGGCCUGGCGCGCUCGUCCCUGCCCUCGGUCCUGCCCGCGCCUCCAGGCUCGCAGGCCGCCCGGUAUCUCAGUGGUUCUAUAGCAGCUCCAGAUGUCAAAUUAAACCUUGGUGGAGGUGGAGAAUUUAUCAAAGAAUCUACAGCUACUACAUUUCUGAGACAAAGAGGGUAUGGCUGGCUUUUGGAAGUUGAAGAUGAGGACCCUGAAGAUAACAAGCCACUUUUGGAAGAAUUGGACAUUGACCUAAAGGAUAUUUACUACAAAAUUCGUUGUGUUUUGAUGCCAAUGCCAUCGCUUGGUUUUAAUAGACAAGUGGUGAGAGACAAUCCUGACUUUUGGGGUCCACUGGCUGUUGUCCUUUUCUUUUCAAUGAUAUCAUUAUAUGGACAGUUUAGGGUGGUCUCAUGGAUUAUAACCAUUUGGAUAUUUGGUUCACUGACAAUUUUCUUACUGGCUAGAGUUCUUGGUGGAGAAGUUGCAUAUGGCCAAGUGCUUGGAGUGAUAGGAUAUUCAUUACUCCCUCUCAUUGUAAUAGCCCCGGUACUUUUGGUGGUUGGAUCUUUUGAAAUGGUGUCUACACUUAUAAAACUGUUUGGUGUGUUUUGGGCUGCCUACAGUGCUGCCUCAUUACUCGUAGGUGAAGAAUUCAAGACCAAAAAGCCUCUCCUCAUUUAUCCAAUCUUUUUAUUGUACAUUUAUUUUUUGUCCUUGUAUACUGGGGUGUGAUCCAAGUUGUACAUGAAUUGAAAGAUGGUGUUACAAUUGUAUUAAGCUGGGAAUUCUUGCUGAAGGGGUUGGAAAAAACAAAACUAGUGAAAUUUUAUACAUUCCAAAUAGAAAGGCAGGUUUAAAAUCUUUUUAAAAUAAUAUUUUUUUGUAUUUAAGUAAUUGCAGUUAUCUGGGACUUUUUUGGUCAAUUCUGAAUUCUGUUUGGUUCUUCAUAUUUCGCAAAUAAACAUGUUUUUUCAGAUUGUGUCAAUAUUCACCUGAACACUUGUGCCAAAAGCACCUAGAUAAUUGUAUCUCACUUGAAGUAUAAAUUUGACAACAUCCUGAAAAAUAUGAAAGUGCAAUUUUUUUCUUUAAAGAAUUUCCUCCUGCACCACAGAUUCUGUAGAUACCUAUUUAUAUUUAUACAUAUAUAUUUAUGAAAUAAUUCUUAUUCACAAAAUAUAUUUCUGAAUAGCCUAAAAAUUAAGAUACUAAAUCUGAUGCUAAACUUUCCUUAAUUUGGCCACUAAUGUCUUUUAUUUAAAAUUUAAAAUUUGUUUUUAAAUUGUGUAAUUUUUGAAAUAAUAGUUGUGAUAUGGAUUUGAUUUGUGUGUAUGUGUUCUUAAAAACAGUUUUGAAUGUCUAAACAUUUGAUUUAAAGUUUCUGUUUAUCUUUUUGACCAAAGGAGCAAGAGAUAUAAUUGAUAUGGCAUUCAUUAAAAUCAUUAAUAUAUAGGAAAAAUAAUAUUUAUAGCAUCAGUAAAUAUUUUUUAAGUGGUACCUUUAAAUCAUAAAACGUUUUGGGAAAGAUACCUUUGAAGUCGUGUGGUCUGGAACAAUGUUAUAUGAAGUAGAAAAUAAAGUGUUUUCCAGCUGUGUGCUUUGUUUUACAAUGAUGCAAAUGACAUCUCUUGACAUUUGACAGUUAAAAUUUGUAUAGUAACACAUAUGAGCUCAUCUCUCUUUGUGCUGACACCGUGGAAUUAUUCCUUCUUGUUUGGUUUGCUACUUGGGUUUCCAUUCCUAGGUCAAAUACACUGUAUGUUCCAACAAUUGAUCUGAGAUGCAUGAUCUCUUGGGGACUUGUGCCCUGGUGGCAUAUGUGUUUAUGUUAUUGGGCUGAGCUAACCACAAGCAAAAGGUAAGCAUGUGGUUCAUUGCCGUUUUGACUGGUGACAUUAUCAAAAUGGAACAAACUGACUUGGCCACCAUUGUGAUUAGUGAUAUCAAGAUGAAGACAGCCACAUGACAUGCUACCUUGUGGCUAGUGAUGCAGUGAAGAUGGCAAAGGACGUAUGACUUCAUCACAGUCUUGGUUAAUGCUACCACAUGGCAUAAACCAAAAUGGUAUCCAUAAAACUUCUAAUACCACUGAACCUUCAGGAUUGUCACGCUGUUUUGGUAUUCAUAUUCCUAGAUGCCUAAUGGGAUCAUGGAAACGGGAGGCUCUAAUUAUAUGGCCUGUUUCUGAGUAUUAAAGGUCAAUGCAUUUUUAUAGCA